GAUUUUUACAUAAACCGGAAUUCACGGCAAACUCUGAUAAUCGCAGGUGUUUGCGUACAAACCGAGUAACGAACUGAUUCAUCAUGAAGACAAAUAAGUGCUAUAAGCUUGUGGUGCACAAAAAAGGCUUUGGAGGGAGUGAUGACGAGCUAGUUGUCAAUCCAAAAGUUUUCCCCCAAGUCAGUCUUGGAGACAUCAUUGAGAUUGCACACCCCACCGAUGAAUACAGUCCUCUUUUGUUGCAAGUGAAGAGCCUAAAAGAGGACCUGCAGAAAGAGACAAUCAGCGUAGACCAGACAGUAGCACAGGUCUUCAAACUACGGGCAUAUCAGGAUGUCAUUGUUAACAUUGUUGACCCUAAGGAUGUUACACUGGACCUGGUGGAGCUCACAUUCAAAGAUCAGUAUAUUGGCAGGGGAGACAUGUGGAGACUGAAGAAGAGUCUGGUGAGCACGUGUGCUUAUGUGACCCAGAAAGUGGAGUUUGCAGGAAUCAGGGCGCAGGCCAGUGAACUCUGGGUGAAGGGGGAGAAAGUGACCUGUGGUUACAUCAGUGAGGACACAAGGGUUGUGUUUCGAUCAACAUCUGCGAUGGUGUACAUAUUUAUCCAGAUGAGCUGUGAGAUGUGGGACUUUGACAUUUAUGGUGACCUGUACUUUGAAAAGGCAGUAAAUGGUUUUCUGUCUGACCUUUUUGCCAAAUGGAAGGAAAAGAACUGCAGUCAUGAAGUGACAGUUGUGCUUUUCUCACGUACUUUCUACAAUGCCAAAACGAGAGAUGAAUUUCCAGAAAGUCUGAGAGAUUCCAUCAGGCAGGACCACGAGGGACGAUUUUAUGAAGAUUUUUACAGGGUAGUGGCUCAGAACGAGAGGCGAGAUGAGUGGACCUCAUUACUGGUUACUAUUAAGAAGCUCUUCAUCCAGUACCCCGUCCUGGUGCGGCUAAAGGAAGCAGAUGGAUUCCCCUUGGGUCAUAAUUCAACAGCUGCUCAGGGAAAUUACCUGGAGGCCAUAAACCUCUCCUUCAACGUUUUUGAUAAGCACUACAUCAACCGCAAUUUCGACCGCACUGGCCAGAUGUCGGUUGUCAUCACCCCGGGUGUGGGAGUGUUCGAAGUGGACCGCCUGCUCAUGAUUCUCACAAAACAGCGCAUGAUUGACAACGGUAUUGGUGUUGACUUGGUGUGCAUGGGAGAGCAGCCUCUGCAUGCUGUGCCACUGUUUAAGCUACACAACAGGACAGGGCCUGGAGACACCCGUGUGGGAGACGACUAUAACCUGCCUCACUGGAUCAACCACAGCUUCUAUACCUCCAAAAGCCAAUACUCCUGCAGCUCUUUCACCCCUCGCAUCAAACUGGCUGGCCGCAAGCUCCAUGCAGAAAAAUUCAAGAGCAGCAAAGACCACACUCUCUGUGCUCCAAAGGACACUGAGAACAGCCUACCCAUACAGGUGGACUACGAUGCCCAUGAUGGUCAGGUGUUCAGACUUCCUGGUCCGUCCCGAGCUCAAAGGAGCACCAACUUCAGGAUGGGCCGAGACCGAGACACCAGCGGGAGGAAGAGCUGGGGCUCAGCAGACGCAAGUGGAGGCAUAGGGGCAUCUCCUCCUGCCUGCUCUGGAGGUCCAGAUGAACAGAGGAGCUUAGCCUCUGAUGAUAGCCUGGGGCCUGUGUCCAACAUCCUGCUGAUUCCCCGCGUGCCUCCUGCCCAGUAUGAAGUCAGCAGCUCUCUGGGCUACACCAGUACCAGAGAGUUACUUGAGAAGAUGAUGGAGGCUCAGCGGGAUUCUAGCGCUCCAGGCAGGUUCACUGUUGGGAGCGCCGAGUCCACCCUCCACAUCCGGCCGGGAGGUUACACCCCACAGAGGGCCCUUAUAAACCCCUUCGCCCCCUCACGGAUGCCCAUGAAGCUCACCUCCAACCGCAGACGAUGGAUGCAUACCUUCCCUGUUGGUCCAUCUGGGGAGGCCAUCCAGAUCCACCACCAGACUAGGCAGAACAUGGCCGAACUUGCAGGCAGCCAGCAGAGAGACCCUGCCCACACGUCCGCUGAGCUGCUGGAGUUGGCCUAUCAUGAGGCCACAGGAAGGCGGACCACCUCUCGGCAGAUGGGCGAAAAUGGGCUGUACUCCAGUGGAGUCAUGGAAGAGUUCACUGGAAGCCCUGCAAGCAGCAAUAAUACCGGAACUCUUAUUAACCGUGGCUCCACUCUGGAGGACUUCUCUUUUGGCGGUGCUGAUCCAACCCUGCUGCUGUCUGCACCCCCGACAGUGCCCAGCUUCUGCUGUACAGUGGGGGUAGACUGGAAGUCUCUCACUACACCCGCCUGCCUGCCCCUCACCACUGACUACUUCCCGGACCGCCAGACCCUGCAGAACGACUACACCGAGGGCUGCUACGACCUGCUGCCACACACCGACCUGGAGAGACGAGAAGAUGAGGCUCCGGUGAUGAGUGCUCCACAGGUGUUUGAGGAGUUUAUCUGCCAGCGGCUGAUGCAGGGCUACCAGAUCAUUGUCCAGCCCAACAACCGAAAACCUCCACCUGCUGUGGCUACACCUCUCGGCAGUAGCCCUCUCUACUCCAGAGGUCUGGUGUCUAUGCGCAGGCCAGAGGAGGAGGAGACCAUAUACUGGCUCAGUAUGGGCCGAACCUUCCAUAAAGUGAGCCUCAAAGACAAGAUUAUCACUGUAACCCGCUACCUGCCCAAGUACCCAUAUGAGUCGGCCCAGAUCCAGUACAGCUACAGCCUGUGUCCACCACACUCUGACACCCACUUCCUGUCCUGCUGGGUAGACUUUGGUCAUGAGAGGCUGGAGGAGUACAAGUGGAAUUACCUGGAUCAAUACAUCUGUUCUGCUGGCUCAGAAGACUUCAGUUUGAUUGACUCUCUGAAGUUUUGGCGGACUCGUUUCCUGUUGCUGCCAGCCGGCGGGGCAAGGCGCGUGGCCGACGGGGAGGGACACUGGGAUGUCUACGGGGACGGAGCCGGCGCCGGCAUGAGCGGCACCGGGGACUGGGUCUUGUUAGACGGGUUCAUCCGCUUCCUGGAGGGGCUCAACCGCAUUCGCCGACGCCAUCGUUCUGAUCGGAUGAUCAGAAAAAGCACGCCGAUGAAAGGACUCCAGGUAACCAGUCCUCUCCCCUCCUACACCACCGAGCCUAUAGCGCCCCCACCAGGCAAGAAAGGAACAUCCGCCCUGUCAGCCCUCCUGGAGUUGGAGCAGAGCCAGAAGUCUCUGGAGGAGCAGCAACAACAAGGAAAGCCCUCAGUCACUGCCAAUGACUCCUCUAAUGUUGUCACAGCUCCCACUUAUGUAGAUAGCCCACGUAAGGAUGCUGCCUUCAUUUUGGAUUUUAUACGUAGCCCUCGCUCCUCCUAUAUUUAUCACUCUCAGCUACCUGCUGAACCUGCUGAGGGAGGCGCCACAGACAAAGGAGGUCAGACGGGGCCCGCGGGAGGGCUUCCUGCCCAGGCUACAGGAGAUACAGUGGGCAGCAGCAAUACAGAGGCCAGCGGACAGCCCAGAACCGGAUCCCUUUCUCUGUCUUCAUCCUCAACCCUUGUGGAGAUUUUGGAGGCCAUCAAACAUCCUACGACCGGUGUGCAGUUGCUCCCUGAGGAGAAGGGCCUGCCGCUGAACUGCUUCAUCAGUGCGGAGAUCGUCCAUUGGCUGAUCAACAACGUGGAGGGUGUGGCCACACAGGGGAUGGCUGUGGACAUCAUGCAGAAGAUGCUGGAUGAAGGCUUGGUGGCCCAUGCGUCCGGCGACGCCAUGCGAACCUUCGUCUACGGGUUCUACUUCUACAGGAUAGUAGGGGAGAGAGAGGGCUCCACAUCCCAGCUCGCCCCCACAGCAGCGGGGGGGUGGUCAGCUGCAGCCCUGGAGGACUUUGCCCUGUUCCAGAGGAAGUGGUUCGAGGUGGCCUUUGUAGUGGAAGAGCGGCGGCCCUGCGACCUGCCUGCCUUCCUGCUGCCCUGGCUGCCCAGCCGGCCCGCCUCCUACGCAAGUAGGCACAGCUCCUUCAGCCGCAGCUUUGGAGGACGCAGCCAAGCUGCGGCACUGCUAGCCGCGACUGUACCAGAGCAGAAGACGGUCACCUUGGAUGUGGACGUCAAUAACCGUAGUGAUCGCACUGAAUGGUGUAGCUGUUAUUACCACGGCAACUUCUCCCUCAAUGCCGCCUUCGAGAUCAAACUCCACUGGAUGGCGGUCACUGCGGCAGUGCUCUUCGAGAUGGUACAAGGGUGGCACCGGAAAGCGGCGUCCUGUGGGUUUCUGCUGGUGCCGGUCCUAGAAGUACCUUUCGCCCCUACGUCUUACAUCUAUGGUGAUCCACUUAGGGCCCAGCUCUUCAUCCCCCUCAAUGUCCACUGUCUGCUGAAGAACGGUAGUGACAACCUGUUUGAGGGUUUUGAACCAGAGACGUAUUGGGACAGGAUGCAACUCUUUCAGGAGGCCAUACUUUACAGGUUUGGUUUUGUUCAAGACAAGUUUUCCGCCUCUUUCAAUUUCCCAUCUGAGACCAAGCCCCAGUACAUUCAUGUUACAGGUACCGUGUUCCUCCAGCUGCCUUACGCCAAGAGGAAAUACUCCUGUGGGCAGCAGCGACGUCGCAGAAACUCCACAACGUCCAACAGCCAGGGUCCGUUUGGCAGUGAGGAGCACGUGGGCUACCACUGGGCCUACAACACCAUGCUCACCAAGGCAUGGCGGACCGGCGUGCUUGGGGACGAAAGACUGGCUGACCGCCUGCUGAGAGACUUCACCGACUUCUGUGCUAACAAAGACAACAGACUGCUCCAUCUUUGGGAGAGCUGCCAGGAGAAGAUGAACGCCAGCGCCCCGUAAAGUAGAAAAGGUGGACUAGUGGAAGAGGCUGGACGAGAGGGAGGCUGAAUUGGAACAGAAGACAAGGCACCAGGAAGAGAAGGUGGAAACCAUCUGUUAGGUUGGGUUUUUCUUUUCUUUCCCCAGUCAGCUAAUUUAAGUAUGUACAUUUCAUUAUCAGAGAGGCUUUGCUUCAUCUUGGUAAUAGCUUGGACCUUAUGUAGACGUUCUACUGUUAGACGCCAAGCGGCUCCAGUGGAGGAGCAGUUGGGGGGGGGUUUCGGGGCACAGAGACACUUUGUGACAGGAGUUGUUGAAGAAGGGGAAAGUGUUGAUCCGUUGACAGUUUUCUGUCCGUACUUUUUUCGUCGUUUGCAGGUUUGAGGUGAUGACUUUUACAAGCCCACAGCUCUGUCCCUCAAACUGUCCUCUGUUGGAAUGAACCAGAGAUCUCCGUGUUUACAUCGUCAGCACACAGUCCACGCUUGGACAUAAUGAAUAUACGUUAAACGAAGGAUGAAGGUGAUAUGUAAGGACUAAGGGGCGUUGUUGUUUGUUCUGCUGAAAAGGAGACAGUGAAGUUGCCGGGUCGCGGGUAGUCUUGUCAGUUUCUAUUUGGCGAAUGGUAGAUUGGCUUUACGAGGAACACUCGGCUGUUACGCUGACUUUUGAAGCAUCAGCCCGACUCCCACAUUUCCCACAAUUCUUCUGACAUCUUCAAACAUCAUAUGUAUGCUUUUACACAACCACCACCACAAGGCACCGGUCAGAAAGUUUUGCUUUCCAUGCAAUUCUUGGGGUUUUUAGCUCACUAAAGGUGUCAGAGCCGCGUUAAAGCCAGGCCUGACAGAUCUGAACUGUUGAGCGUCUGCGGGGAAACCGCACAUGUAACACGUGACCAGAACAACAGACGCGUUGACCAUUUAAGGGAGAGGUUUGGGCUCAUAUAGGGGGACAAACUACGAUGCUGUGAAGAUGACUGAAGCCCAGGGGGCGCUGAAGCAACGGGUUACCAUUUGCUAGCCAUAGGUUCAGUCUGACUCAUGACCUUUUGACCUGUGUAACUUUGUGUGUGCCAAUCCAUGCUUGUGUAAAACCGCCUUAUGAGAGAGAUUUGGAAACUCAGCAGAACUGACGGGGCUCAGAUAAGCAAUGUGAACCUGUAACUUGCUGCAAUGUGUCUUACCUUCCCCGUCUGCAGGCCGAGGAGAGGCCAGACGUCAUUAAAUGAACUCAAUCACUCUGUUGUGUUCAUAUGUCCUCUGCUUUACAGACAUGUUACUUCCCUCCCGAAUGUUUGACUUGAAA